UUUACUUUAAUUUCCACAAAGAGCCUUUUGUGCAAUAUUGUUUAAUUUCCUUGUCAGUCAUGUGAACCGUCUCCUUAAUGAAAUGUAUUUCCGACACACCCUGAAUGCAGCAUUUCAUAGGUUUCUGACUAACGAAAGAGAAAGUAUACACCGAGGGUUACUGGAAACAGAGACACUGCGCGUUCGUGUCAACGAACAGGAAAGUUGACCUACUAUCGGGAAUGUCUUGAAAUUGUGAGUUUUAGAACUGAAGUCAACAGUGAAGCAGCGGACUGAGACAGUCGUUUAAAAGGAAUCAAAAUGGAGUUCUUGACCAAUAGUCUACAGUCUAUCUACAAAAUGUUGCCCUCUCCAGCCAAAACGUACCAUGGCUUGAUGAACCAAGGGGCAACUUGUUACCUGAACAGUGUGCUGCAGGUGCUGUUCAUGACCGAAGACUUCAGAGAAGCUGUGAAAAGGCACACCUGUGAUAAUCCUGGCACUGAGUUCAUUGAUCUUCACCUGAAAUCCUUGUUUGAUGAUUUAGAACGAUAUGACACAUACACCUAUAAAAUCACAAAGAAGCUAUGCAUCGAUAACGUGUAUGAACAACGUGAUGCCACUGAGUGCUUUGAGAAGAUUUUAGUUCUGACCAGUAGCGAGGCAUCACAGAUCUUCCACGGACAGUUGACACAAAAGACCACAUGUUCUACAUGUUCUCAUGAGACUGACAACGACGGGCCGUUUUGGUAUCUUACUCUUGCAUUGCUGAAUUCCUACAGGGGAGACUAUAGCGUGGUGGAUGGCAUUGACGAGUAUUUCAGAGCUUCACAUUUCAGCGGAGAAAACCAGAUGUACUGUGACGUGUGUGAUGCCAAAUCUGAUGCUACUAUGAAAUGUGUCAUAAAGCAUCAUCCAGAGGUGUUGAUGCUGCUGCUGAAGAGGUUUGAGUUUGACUACCGAUACAUGGCGUAUGUCAAAAACAACUGCACUGUGGAUGUUCCCCGCACCCUUCAGAUACCAGAGAAUCAGACGUAUGAACUGUACGCGGUUGUGGACCAUUUUGGAGAUCUGAGAAGUGGACAUUACACUGCAAAAAUCAAAUCUCAGGACGAUGACAGAUGGUAUGACUUCAAUGAUGUCAAGGUCGAAUUGCUUGUUUGCCAGCCAAACUUUGAGAAAUCCAGCAGCGCUUAUCUUCUUUUCUACAGGAAAAAGAAAGUGCAUGCUGCUGAUACUUGUACUCAGGACACCGGAGAGAUGUCGUCUCCUGGAGGCUUCCCGCCUGCUACCAGUAGUAUUUACAAUGACCAGUGUCAAGAUGCUGCAAAGAAUGAACCUGCAGUAGCAAUUUCUAUACUCAGAAAUGAAGAAACAGAAAUUAAAGCCAUAGUCUCUGUUGGGUCUGGAGGAGUGGGGCUAACAUCUGACCUCUGCAAAGAGGAUCAGGACAAUGGAGGUUAUUCCAGGCAGAGCAAUCAUCAGGUCUGUAAAGAGGACAGGAAUGACUUGAGUUAUGCAGAAAAACAAAGAGACAAGGAUGAAAUAAUGAUGGUUGAUGAGGAAGACAAGAGAGGAAAUGCACAGGCUGACAACCAGACAGAAAGGAGAGCAAGCUUAUCUGGAGAAACUCAACUAGAAGAGCGUGUUGAUGAUCCGGAUGAUGUCACUGUCAGUGUCAGGAGACCACAGGAGGGUGAAGGAAUGCGCAACACGAAGCGAAAACAGGAAGUCAGCAAUAUGCAACCUCAGCAGGUUUGUGUUGACAUGCAGAAAGACGAGGAAAAAGUGGUAAUGGGUGUAAAUAGAGACACAGGUGGAAGGAAGGAGAGGAGAGCAAUAGCUUCAACAAAAUACCUAGACAGGGAUGCAGAGCGUCGGGACGAUGAAGGAUUAGAUCAUGUCAAACAGUACAUGUAUGAAGAUCAGGAAGGUACACAGGAAGUUAGUCAAGAUGACUUCAAACCUGUUAGUGUGGACAAACAGGAGGAUGUGGAGAGAAUGGAAACAGAUGAUGAGGAAAGGAAAGCAGGGAAAGUAAAGCUCUUGACAAGAUAUGACCUCUACAUUGAUGGCAUUCAAGGCAGUGGAGUUGGUAAGAAGAAACAGAACACGCCUAAAGAUGAUCAGAGGUCUAAACGAGGAAGUGGAAGCAUGUUUUAUCAAAGCCCUGAGCAACUGAGAGUGGAGGAGAGGGAUGUGAAGGGAGACAAGCAACAGAAGAGAGGAGAUGAUGCGCAUGCACAAAGGAAAAGAGCAUCAGAGAGACAAGAACAGGAUCAGAAUAGGUCAGAGUGUGUUACAACACAGAGAGAUGUUGAUGCAGCGAAAAGAGCCAAAGCAGGUAAUGAACAUAUUCAAAGAGCGGACUCUUCUCUUAGACAAGCAGGAUUGGCAGGAAGCAGCAGAGUGACAGAGAACAGGGGAGAUGGCAGUGUUGAAAAGUCUGAACCAUCAAAAGCAAGAACUGGAUUUAGUGAGGAUGCAAUGGAAGGAAGACGUAGUUCAAAGCAGUCAAAAACAUACCGUGGAAAGAUAAUUGACGAAGAAAUUAUAAGAACCCAUAGUGGUGUUCAAACAAGCACCGUGACAAAGAAUAUAAGAAUAGUAACUGAAGAAGGAAGCUCUCAAGGCAGCCGUAAGAGUUUGGUAGAAUAUGAUGAAGGUAAUGCUGAAAUAGAAUCUGAUCCAAAAACAGAUGCAAAGGUCACAUUGUCAAAGGGUGUUCACGAUUUACGACUGGAUCACCCUUUGCUGAAGCCAAAGAAACGCAGAAAAGAGCAGAAUGAGACAAAGAGCACAGUUCAUUCAAAUGCCAGAAAAAUGCAAAAUGUGUCUGAUGAACAUGAACAAGCGGUUGGGAAAAAACAUGCAGUGAAAGAAAGAGGUGAGAAGAAAAGACACUUGUGGCGUCGCUCUUCCCCUCUGAAGCAAAGCAGAAAGGGCAAUAAGACUAGUGGGUGUUUUUCUUUUUUUUGUAAAAGCCGGAAAACUGCAGACCUGACUUCAGAGUCAGAUUAAAAGGAAAUACAUACUUUGUCCAGUUAAAACAAAAAAUAUUAUUUUAAAAGACUGCAUGUCAUUGUGGUGAAUUGUUGUUUUUUUUAUUGAUACUUGGCAGUAUUGCACUCUACUUGCUCAAUCAGCAAUCGGGCACUACAUGCAGUGCUGUAAUAAUGUGUAUGUUUUAGUUUGAGUGUCUGCUGGUAGCAAUAUUUUGUUUGUUCAUUCUGGUUAAGUCUAUUUAACAGUGUGAAAUAAAAUAGUGUUGAAGAUUUAUUGCAUCAAUAGAAAGUAAUGCUUUGGGAAUUGACUUAAAAAAGAUUUAAAUUCAAGGAAAAACAAGAUCACUUGUGUUCGAAUCAUGUGAAAUCACAUUCACGGAUUGAAUGAUCAAACCUUUGUUUGUCGUUUAUUGCUACACUAUUGACUUUUUGCAUUUUAUUUUGAAAAGCUUUCUGUUAAGUUGUUGAGAGAUAUAUAAAUAUAUAUAAUUUUCUAAUAAUAUCUAAUUUGAAUCUCACACGAAAUUGUGUGAGGAAGUAUGAAGUCAAAUGGAAGUCUUUGUAUAGAUAUUUUAUUUGUGUUAUUUUAUGUAUCAGUGUUUCCUGAUUUUACUGUUAAAUAAUAUUUUUAAUUAAUUAGGCGUUUUGCACACUGCUCUAGUAAACUGUUGCUGCACUGCCCACUGACUAAUGACAUAGAUGCUUAAUAUUUGAUGUUUAUUACUUUGAACCAAACUAUUGUAGUCAUUUGUGUCAUUUGUUGGAUUCUGAUGGUGAUUUAAAGAAAAUAUAUGUACAAUAAAAUAAAACAGAG